AUGGCGUCAAAACGUCAACCUACUUCAUGCUUUUCUGUCGCAUCAAAAUUAAAAAAAUCUGUCUGUACUGAUAAAGAUGAGACGUCAAAGUAUUCACUGAAUGAAGAAAUUAUUGAAGUGCCAGGAAGGAUUGCUUCAGUUGAAUUAUUCAAUUUCAUGUGUCAUGAAAAUUUGAAAAUCAGUUUUGAUCUACUCAACAAGAAUUGUUUUUUUAUCGGUGGAUCGAACGGCUCUGGUAAGAGUGCGUUGUUUGCGGCUUUGAAUAUGGGUCUUGGAGGUCGAGGAAGCCAGAAUGAACGUGGGAGUACAAUGAAACAGUAUAUAAAAGAUGGUCAAAAUCGUGCCAAAAUACGGAUAGUGCUAACUAAUCGUGGCUUCGGGAGAUAUCCAGGUUAUGGUGACGCCAUUGCUGUUGAGCGGACUAUUAAUUUAACUUCGUCAACAUAUCAAUUAAAAUCUCUCACUUAUGAAGAAGGGCGUUGUCGUGAAGAAGUGAUAAGUCAUAAAAAGAGUGAUUUGGAUAAACUGCUGGCAAGAUUCUCUAUACAGCUUGACAAUUCAAUAUUCUGGAUGUCCCAAAACCGAUGUCGUGAAUUUUUGCAAGAAUUGAAGCCGGAAAAACUUUACAAUAUGUUUAUGUCUGCAACAGGAUUAGAUUUCUCUCGACUGUGUUACAGUGAAAGCGAAACAUACAAUGCUGAGUCGGAAAAACUGGUGCUAUCUGUUCGACAAGCUUGUUGCGAUAAAUUGAAAGAAAUCGAAAAGCUACGUGAAGAUCGAAAACGUGCGCAAAAUAUGGAACAAAAUAAGCAGAAUCUCUUAGAGCUAAAAAGCAUUCUUCCUUGGCUACCAAUUAGGGAUUGUCACAAGGAUCUCUGUAGGCACAAUGAAUUGCUGGCAAAAGCUGUAGAAGUGUAUACAAAAUUAAAGGAAGGAUUUGUAGUAAAGGAGAAAAUGAAAGCAGAUUACCUUAAAAAAUUUGAACAAAUACAAAAAAAUAAAGAUGAAUUGCAAGAAAAAGUGAAAAAUCUCCAUAUCGAAUUAAGGAAUUUGGGGAAGGAAAAAAAGAGUAGACGUGAUGAAAUGUUGGACGUUGGGCAGCAACUGAGCACUGUAGAACGAAAUCACAGGAUAUUAGACGCUGAGAUUGGUUCAAUGGAGCAACAACUAAAGGAGAUCGAAGCAAAGAAAAAUCAAGGCACUCAAUAUAGUAUUGCUGAAGCUGAAGCAGAAUUAUUUCAUUUAGAGAAUCGAUGUAUGGCAAUGAAAGAGAAGCAAUGUCGAGUGGAGAAAAGAACAAAAUAUUUUGAAACAGAGUUGGCUAAUGCAAUAAAAGUAGAACGUAGCGUUGAAGCGGAAAUAUCUCAUUGGAAUGCUAUGUUGCGAGAACUAUGUGAUGAGAAGGAACGAUUAAUGGCAAUGCAACGGAGUGAUUUAGCUCGUUUUGGUACGUCGGUACCUCAGAUCGUCAGUUUAAUCAAACAAAAUAUUGCUAAAUUCUCAAAACAACCAAUUGGACCUAUAGGUGCCUAUAUACGGAUAAACGAUGAAUCCUGGGCAUUGGCUGUAGAAUACUGUUUGCGUCACUUGCUUUCAGUUUGGUUAUGUGAUAAUGUACAGGAUAGAAAUAUUCUGGAUUCGAUUCUGCAAAAAUAUAAUAUUCGUGCUGCAGGAUAUAUUAUCAGCAAAUUUUCGGAGAGACGAUAUAACAUAACUUUAUUUGAACCAUCGUCAGAAUAUUUGACUGUAGCGAGAAUGGUAACUGUUACAGAUGACAAUAUUUUCAAUGUAUUGGUCGAUCAGACGCAGAUGGAAUCUAUUCUUUUGAUCCCAUCUGCUAGUGCAGCGCGUAGCUUGAUGGCGCAAAGUCCUCCGAAAAACGUUCAUAAAGGUUUUACCAAAAAUGGUGAUGAAGUAUUCGCAAAAAUGGGUAACCAGGUAUAUCGCUUUUAUGCAAAUGAGCGUUAUCAGAAGUCAACUAUAUUGACCAGCAAUGAGAUAGCUAAUACCAGAACGCUUAAUGAUCAGAUAGCAAAAGCAGAAAAUGAAUUACGAAGUAAUAGAGUAUCUUUAGCAAAGGCACAAGAAAAACGUCAGAAAAUAGAGGCAGACAUGACUAAUGAAAUGCAGCAAAGCAAUCAGGAAUUGCAGCGCUUAAAAGUCGAUGAAGUACGACGACGUUCUUUACAAAAACGACUAGAUGCUGCACGAUUUGAAGGAGGUGUUGAUGGUCAAGUCAUGAAUCUGGUUUCAAGUUUGGAUCAAUACAGAAGGGAAAAAGAAAAACUCAUGCAAUCUGAGAGCAUUCUGCAGCAGCAACUAAUUAAAUCACGUCAAUUGUUACGUGAUGCAGAAAUGGUGAGAGCGGAAAAAGCUAGAGAAAUGGGGGAAAGCGAAAAUGAACUCAGAAAAAGUGAGGCUGAUUUGCAAGAAUGUAGUAGAGAAGUCGAUAUGAUGAACGUCUCUGAGGAUGAACAUCGUCAAAAGUUAUCAAAAUUGGAAAUCCAUAAAAGUGGUCUGGAGGAGAAAGUGAAAGCAUUGAAUGAAAAACUGCAAAAAAUGAAAGAAGAAGCUAAUGAGUUAAUUACUGGUGCACCUCCUGAUUUCGCGAAUCUACCAGAUACAGCAGAAGCUGAAGAACGAUGCAGAAAACUGGAACAUCGUAUUCAAGCUGCACGAGAAAGCUUGGAAGGUACUAUAGUAUCCGAAGAAGCGUUGGAUGCUCUGCAAAAUGAUUGUGAAAGUCUACGAAAAAAAUAUAAGAAUGCUAAACGCGUCGUUUUGGAACUGAAGAAUCGAUUAAGGUUGAGAAAUGAGAAAUUCCUGGAAGUACGAAAUCUAACGGCUGAGCGACUUAGUGAAUUAUACAGCGGUCUGAUGUCGAUAAGGAAUUUCAAAGGUUCACUGAUUAUAAACCAUGAGAAUCGUGCUAUUUAUAUUAUGGCAGAAACUCAAAAAAAUCAAGAAAUUAACCAGGUCUCCCUUCUUGGACGUUAUCGAGGAAAAGGCAAUUUACAGGAUUUAAGAGGAUUGUCUGGUGGUGAACGGACUUAUACUUCCGCUUGUUUCGUUAUGGCUUUAUGGCAGGCUAUGGAAACUCCUAUCCGUUGUAUGGAUGAGUUUGACGUAUUCUUGGAUUUGAACAAUCGAAAAAUUGUGAUGGAACUGUUCGCAGACCUUGCCACUCGUCAGUACCCAUCUUAUCAGUUUAUUUUCUUUACUCCUCAAGGAGUCGCCGAUUUCGCUCGUCGUGAUCGUAUACAGCUCUUCGAAAUGCCGAAAAUCAGGGAAUGA